GGGUUUUAUUUUUCAGUGGUCAUAUAUAAAUAGCUCGAUCUUCAUAAAGCAAGGCUCCGGCGCCACCAUUAAAACCGAGUCUCGCUUUCUCUCUAUCUCUCUCUGCGAAAUUUCACGGUUUCGAAAUGGCGACAGUUCCAGGACAAUUGAUCUGGGAGAUCGUUAAGAACAACAACUGUUUCUUGGUGAAACAGUUCGGAAGAGGCAACGCUAAGGUUCAAUUCAGCAAAGAGAGCAACAAUCUCUGCAACGUUCACUCCUACAAGCACUCUGGUCUUUCAAACAAGAAGACUGUGUCGAUCCAGCAAGCUGACAAGGAACAAGCUGUUGUCCUCUCCACCACCAAGACCAAGAAGCAGAACAAGCCUAAGGUCUCUGUCAACAAGUCUGUCCUGAAGAAGGAAUUCCCCAGGAUGUCCAAGGCUGUUGCUAACCAGGUGGUUGACAACUACUACAGGCCAGACUUGAAGAAAGCUGCUCUUGCUAGACUCAGUGUCAUCAGCAAAAGCCUUAGGGUUGCCAAGUCCGGUGCCAAGCAAAGAAACCGACAAGCUUAAGCUUUUUUUUUAAGAUUAUGUUUUUUUUGAAGUAAAAGAUUUUGCUGAACAGGUUUAUUAAGUUCUUGUGUUGACGCUAUUGCUCCUUUUCAUUAUCCUUUUCGAAUGGAGUUACAAGUUUUUCUUAUUAUUAUGUUCAUUUUUAUGUUUCUUGUGUGCAUUUUGAUGGAUCUUUUUAUCAAAUCAAGAACUUGAUUAAACCUCGAUUCUUCUUCUCAAACGAAUACCGUGAAAGACAAAUCUUAG